CAUUGGAUGGUCGCAAGAAACAGAAACGACCAACGUCAAACAGGGUUGUGUGGGAAUAUCUCGUAGGGAUUGAAUUUUUCACUGAGGUCUACAUACAGUAGACAAAAUUACGCCGAAAAAGGUUUCAGUUGGUUGUGAGCCGUCAGUCCAGGGAGGUUUUACAAAGGUCUACUACAUAGAAAGUCCAGAGGGGCUGCUUCGUCGAGGAGAAAAGUUUAACUUCAACGACGAACCACCGUGGGAUCCCAGCUAAUAUUUGCUAAGUGCAGGUGUUCCUUCUGGCCAGACUGUUUGUACAACCUGAUUACUAUUUCUGGACUACGACUCACUUAACCAACCAUGAAACAUUAUUUUGGUAGCAAUACCAUUGUUGAUAUAACAUCACAUCAGAAAUCCAUCAGUACUCAUAUUCAGAAGACAGUUGAUAAUCAUCAACAUGAGGAAGACGCAUUCUUUAUUGGUGACUUGGGUGACAUCAUCAAGAAACAGAAGUUAUGGCAGGAAUGUUUCCCAAGAGUUGAACCAUUCUAUGCUGUGAAAUGCAAUGACCAUUAUGCUGUUCUCAAAUUGCUGGCUGAUAUGGGCCUCUCAUUUGACUGUGCAAGCAAGGCUGAGAUCCAAAAAGUUCUAAAACUUGGAGUAGACCCAUCAAGAAUUGUAUAUGCUAAUCCCUGUAAGCAGACAUCUUUCAUUAGAUAUGCUGCCAAGAAUGACGUGUCAUUGAUGACCUUUGACAAUGAGGAUGAACUUGUAAAGGUCAAAGCAGUUUAUCCUGCUGCCAGGUUAGUUCUUCGGAUACUACCACCAUCUAAUUUCAAAGUUCAAUGUGAGCUAGGCAUGAAGUUUGGAUGUCUCCCUGGUAAAGCCUACCAUCUGUUAGAAGCAGCUAGGAAGCUUGACUUAAAUGUUGUAGGUGUCAGCUUUCAUGUAGGAAGUGGCUGUCAGGAAGCAGAGGCAUUUGAAGCUGCCAUACAGCAGGCACGUGAUGUGUUUGACAUGGGACUAAGCAUGGGAUUUGAUAUGGACUUACUGGACAUUGGAGGUGGCUUUCCAGGACAUGAAUGUGGAGGAGUUUCAAUUGAAGAGAUUGCUGAAGUAGUCAACGUAGCACUAGACAAAUACUUCCCUGGGGAUGGUGUCAGAUUUAUUGCUGAACCAGGACGUUUCUAUGUUGCUUCAGCCUUCACCAUAUCUACUAACAUCAUAGCCAAGAGAAUUGUGGCAAGAGAUCAACUUGGAAACAAUGCGGAACCUGUAGAUUUCCCUACAGCUGACGAUGAACCAGCCAUGAUGUAUUAUGUUAAUGAUGGGGUGUAUGGAUCCUUCAAUUGUCUCUUGUAUGACCAUGCUGCUGUUGUACCAACACUGCUGAAGAAAUAUGAUGAUGACAUGCUGUAUACCAGUAGCAUAUGGGGACCAACAUGUGACGGACUAGACUGUAUCAUGCCAGAAUGUAAACUUCCUGAGCUUAGGAGUGGAGAUUGGAUAUACUUCAGAGACAUGGGAGCCUACACACUUGCUUCUGCCUCAGGUUUUAAUGGCAUGCCAGCACCAAAUCAGUACUUUGUUUGUACAAUGGAUCUAUGGGAAGAAGUAUACCCCAAUUCUGAGAUGGAUGAAAAACCAGUGGAAAAGAUGAUACCAGUCAUGAAACCUGGACAUUAUCGAUAUGAAACCAUGAAGUUUAACCAGAAUGCUCUUCCAGAAGGGAUUACUGUUGGAGAUUACGAUGUUGACAUGUAAACACCAUUUAUUGUUUUCUGUGAAUCAGUACAUUGUUUUGUGUUGCUUUCAUUUUAAAACUGUAUGUGAAUGUUUUUUGAUUAUCAAGUGAACUCUUGUCCUGUAACCAAGACUUUCAUAUUCUAAUUCAUUCACUGAUAUAAAACAUGUUUUUGGGGAUAAUUUUGAAAUUGUAUAAACAUUAUUAGGAAUGACUAUUGCUUUCAAACAAUUUUCAUGGGAUCAGCAUUAUUUUAUUUCAUAUUUUUACUUUUUAUAUGUACUCAUCUAUAUAUUUUUUUCUAUAUUUAUUUUAUUUAUACAAGACCAGAUAACAAAAAAUAUUCCUUUUACUUAAGUUAAAUGAAUUAGAAUUUGAAAUGACUGAUUAAGUUACAAAAUAACAAAACAGUUAUCAGGCUGUACAGACUGUAGGAUCACCUGCAUCAGAUCACCAGAUUGGCCAGACAUCAUUAAAUAAAGUGUUUUAUUAAACAAAAA